AAGCUGCUUUCUGCUGCUUCUGCAGAUGGAAUCCUUAAAUUGUCAAUGGCUAGCUCUAGUGUGAAAGGAGGUUGGCCUAAAAUUAUUUCUAAAGGCCCUUCUGACAAUAGAAGUCUGAAGCCUACUAAGUAGUAACUGGAUUUUCAGCCCAUUUGUCUCUACAGAGAAUGAAUGCUAGAUAAUGACAAAUGAAAAUGGCCAUUUGGGUAAUUCCUGUUCCUAGCCCCAAAGCAACUUAAUAUAAUUUGUUUUUUAGAAUGGAAAAGAAAACAGAUUUUGCUGUGAUUAUUUAGUAAGAUAUUAAUUCCAUUCUGAACAACUGUUUUACUGUUCAUACUUGAAUUUCUCAUGAAAAAUGUAAUCAGGUCAGAAUACCUUGGAAACAGGUUCUGCUACAUCAAGGAGGCAGCCACUGUAGGUAACUGUCCAACCCUGACAUCUAAAACAAUGAUAGGCUGAUUUCUAAGGAGCCUAAUCCUGCUAGAAAAAUCCUUUUGUUAAGAGUGUAUCUCAGAUCCCUUACAUCCUGGUCCUUUGGCCUUGGGAUAAAAGGGAGCUGGUUAAAUUUCCUGAAUGUUAACACUCAGGAAUCUUGACACUGCUAGGUCAUUCCACACAAUAUUCUUAUUUAAUCCUCGUAAUUCCCCUGUGAAAUACUUUGCAUUAUCGCCAUUUAACUCCUUCCUGUUGAGUGGAUUCUGACUUAUAACAACCCUAGAGGACAGAGUAGAACUGCCCCAUAGGGUUUCCAAGGAGUGUCUGGUAGAUUCAAACUGCUGACCCUUUGGUUAGAAGCCAUAGCUCUUAACCACUGCACCACCAGGGCUCCUAUCCCUAUUUGCAAUUCCUCAAAUGCCCAAAUUCUUUGCCACCUUCCCAGCCUUUACACAUGCUAUUCUCUCCAUCUAGAACAGUCUCAUUUCUCCUCUUUGCCUAGUGAAUCCCUACUUAACCUUCAGAGCUCAUCUCAGACGUUAUUUCAAGGACACCUUCCCAGCCCUGGAGGUUUUUUUCCCUAUUACAUUUUCAUAGCACUCUAUUUUAAUAGCACAAGAAAUUACUUGAUGAGUUAUUUAAUGUCAUUCCUGCUAAAGUGUAAGGUCUACAAGGACAAGAACUGGCUGUGUUAUGUUUCUGUGCUAUCUGUAGCGCCUACUGGAGUGCAACACACAUAGGUGCUCAGGAAAUAGUCGAUAUAUGAUCAUGGCAAAUAAAUACCAAACUAGGAUUUGAAUGCUAAUCUAACUUCAAAUCCUUCUGUUAGAUUACAUCAUAUACAGAAUGUAACAGGAAGUAUUUCUUAAUGAAAUUACCCAAGAGGCUUUUCCUCAAUUCUCUGUCAGCUACCUAAGUAUAAAAAAGUUAUUCAUUAAUCUGUGUAUUACUGGCUAAGGCGUGGCUUUUAGGUAAGGAAAUAAAAGUGUCUUCAAAAAGCUUGUAGUUCUGUGUGUGGGUGAGCUCUCCAAGAAGUCUCACCUUUCUGAGCAGAUAUUUUUGAAGGAAGGUGGUGGGAAAGGCUCCAGGACUACGUGUCCCAUUAGGAAACUUUACAUUAGAUAAACACUCCUGCUGGUUUACCAGUGUUUCUGACUUUCUGCUGAGCUUAAUACAACCUGUUUUGAGGAAAAGCAAAACUCAGCAGCAAACAUCUGAAAUGAACUCCUUUCACACUUUUGAGAAGCAAACGGAAUGCAUUGUGGACGCUCUGCUUUCAGACUUCUUGGACACAACGUUGCAGGUUUCUAGCCGGAACCUACCUCAUACGGAUGAACCAGAUUCAGGAGAGCCUUGCUCUUUUGACGUGGCCAUCGUUGUUGGUCGCCUUCGGAUGUUGGGUGACCAGGUCAAUGAAGAAAUGGAGGCUUAUGCCAAAAGCAUCAUUGCAGAAACCAUGCAGGGAAAGGCAGAAGCUGUACUCAAGGACACAGUGAAAUUUCUCAGUACAACCUGGUGUGCUCAGGAUCCCAGCUUAGUUUAUGGGAGAGCCUUUUUGGCAGUGUCAGUGAAACUUCUUGAGUGUGUGGUCCGCAUGGCCCCAGAAAUGGCAAGACGGGUGGUCAUCCCUGUGACAAAUAUGAUCAGUGGGAACAGUGCCGUCCGGGAGUUCAUCCAGGGCCAAGGAGGUUGGGAAAACCUGGAGAGCUGAAGAGACGGAGCCGUUCCCCAGCCUGAACAUCACUUCUUCUUUGACUGAUCUCGUGAUUGAUUUUUGGCAAUUAAAACAAACAAAAAAUCACUUUCUUCAUUUGUGUAGAA